GGAAGUGGGUGUUUACCCGCGGGCAACUGAAGGUGUUGUCCGAUGAGACCUGUGCCUGUGAGGCUGCCCGGCGUUCCGGAGACUCGGAGGCGUGAGUUUAGGUGUCCGGUGUUUGCAACUGGAGGGAUGUUCUUCAAAGCGGUGAAAAUUUUGUUCUGCAGUUUUAUGGACCCAGAAGAAAGUUCUGCUAUAGAAUUUCGAGACUAGUUUUGUUGCCAGUAAUAUGAAAGGCUCCGAGUAUAGCCCGGAAAAGAAAAGAAGGGUUAAAAUACCAGCGAAGAGGCUUCGGGAGGUAGCUUCUCCAAACCAGGGAGAGAAUUUGGCUUUGCUGAAAGACGAGCUGUCCUGUGUUGCUCCGGCGUUGUCUGCAAACAAACACCUUCCUUUUAGAACGGGGACUAGCGUGAAUGGAACGUUACGUGGUUCAUCAGACUUAGCUUCUGCUAGAAAUGAUUACCAGCCUCCAUUAGCAAACCCCCCUGUGUCAGAAAGUGGUUUUUCUAAAGAUGUUGCAGUGAAAGGGUUGCCUUUGGAUAAAAUAGAAGAGAACAAUAGACAGAAAGCAAAUGACAUCUUUAUUUCCCAGUACACCAUGGGACAGAAAGAUGCGCUCAGAGCAAUUUUAAAACAAAAGGCUCAGAGCAUGCCUGUUUUUAAGGAAGUAAAGGUACAGCUUUUGGAGGAUACAGGUACAGAAAAGGACACUGUUGCUCAGGAGCCUAGAACGUCACCCCGUGGCACUGACUCAGCUACAACUGUGGCUGCAGCAACUGCUGCCGCCAUUGCAACAGCAGCUCCACUGAUAAAAGUGCAGAGUGAUUUGGAAGCAAAGGUCAAUUCUGUUACAGAAUUACUCAAUAAGUUACAGGAGACUGAUAAACAGUUACAACGUGUUACAGAGCAGCAAGCAAGCAUUCAGAAUAAACACGAGAAACUACAUUGUCAUGAUCAUGAAAAGCAAAUGAAUGUGUUUAUGGAGCAGCACAUUCGGCAUCUUGAGAAACUACAACAACAACAAAUAGAUAUUCAGACUCAUUUCAUUAGUGCUGCGCUCAAGACUAAUAGCAUUCAGCCUGUCACUGUGCCUCCUAGAGCUGUGGAACACUGUUCUGUAAAACUAGACCAUUCUAAUCCUGGUAGCAGUGACCUAGCUUCACAUAACACGUUUGGUUGCAAACAAGCACCUUCAAGAGAGGUUGUAGAUAUGGGUUUUGAUAAACAGAAAUCUCCUUUGGAGACACCAGCACCUCGAAAGUUUGCUCCUAUACCUGUUUCAAAAGAUGAUAAAAUAUCAAAGAGGGAAAAUCCUGCAGAAGAAAAAGAAAACAUGGAGAUAUCAGGCCAUGCAGAAACUGUAAGACUAUUGGAACAAAUUUUGAAUAAUCAAGAUUCUUUGACAAGAAUAAAUGAAUCUUCAGACAAAACCUCACUAACUGGGACAAAAAUAGGAUGGAAUCCUGAAAGGAAAGACAGCAUUGCUACUCUAUUCUCUCAAAGAUUUCCUUCCUGUGAAGAACUAGGAGCAGCUAAGGUGACUGUGCAGAAGUCUGAUAAUGUUCUUCAUGAUCUUGGCCAAAAAAGGAAAGAAACAAAUGGCUUACUCCAGCCAAAAGAAUCUCUGCUUAUGUCGAGGCUUGCUGAUUUUCCACAGAAUUCCAUUAAGCUUCACACGACCAGUACAAGGUCCAUAUUGAAAGAAGCUGAGAAGAUUUUGAGAGGAGUGCAGAACAAUAAAAAAGUACUUGAAGAAAACCUAGAAGCUAUUAUUCGUGCAAAGGAUGGAACUGCCAUGUAUUCGUUUAUCAGUGCUCUAUCUAGCAACAGAGAGAUGUCAGAGAAGAUUCGGAUCAAAAAGACAGUGGAUGAGUGGAUUAAAACUAUUUCUGCAGAAAUUCAGGAUGAACUGGCAAAAAAGGAUGAACAGAGGAGAUUUGAUCAGAAGAAUCAACGGACCAAAAAAGCUCAGAAUAUGAGUAAAGAUACUAAAUCCAAUAAGCAAGACAAAACAGUAAAUAAUUCUGUAAUUCCAAGAAAACAUGGUCAAAACCAAAAAGAGGAACAUUUUAAAAAUCCACCUAUGAGGAGCAUGCUUGCUUCAAGCUUACAGAAAGAGAGAAAAGAAGGUUUUUUGAAAGCAACCGCAGCGAUACAAGAUGAAGAUUAUAUGUUACAAAUUUAUGGAAAACCAAUUUAUCAGUGCCAUCGCAGCACUCUUAAAAAAGGACCAUAUCUCAGAUUUAAUUCUCCAUCUGCUAAGUCCAAACCACAGAGACCAAAAGUAAUAGAACGGGUUAAAGGCACUAAAGUAAAGUCAAUAAGAACACAAACUGACUUUUAUGCAACAAAACCCAAGAAGAUAGAUUCUAAACUGCAGCAUUCCAUUGCUACACUGCCUCCUGGUGAUCAGCAGUAUUUGUUCAGCCCAAGCAGAGAAAUGCCUACUCUUUCAGGUACACUGGAAGGUCAUCUAAUUCCUAUGGCGAUUCUUUUAGGACAAACCCAAAGUAAUAGUGAUUCCAUGCCACCUGCUGGAGCAAUUGUAAACAAGCCACACCCUAUAACAGUGACUACUUCUAUUCCUCCAUCCUCUCGAAAACCAGCAACUGGAGUAAAGAAACCUAACAUAGCAAUUGUAGAAAUGAAGUCGGAAAAAAAGGACCCGCCUCAGCUUGCUGUACAGGUAUUACCCAGUGUAGAUAUUGACAGCAUUUCAAAUGUCAGCAUUGAUGUCAGUCCAUCUCUGCCUAGUCCCAAACAAGCAUCGCCUCCUCCUCUGAGCACAUGGAUGCAGACUCCAGAAUUAACGAAGGUAGAUGAAGAGGUGAAGUUUCCAGGAACUAACUUUGAUGAAGUAAUUGAUGUCAUACAGGAAGAGGAAAAAUGUGAUGAAAUUCCAGAAUAUUCUGAACCAAUUCUGGAGUUUAAUAGAAGUGUUAAAGUUGCUUCUACAAAAUAUAAUGGUCCUCCAUUUCCACCAGUUGCUUCUACUUUUCAUCCCACUGCUGAUAUUCUGGAUAAAGUAAUUCAGAGAAAAGAAACCUUGGAAAGUAGUUUAAUUCAGUGGGUAGAACAAGAAAUAAUGUCAAGAAUUAUCUCUGGGCUCUUUCCAAUCCAACAACAGGCCAUAGCUAAUGUCAGUGUUUCAGCCAGCGAGGCAAGUGAACCGUUGAGUUCUGACAUUGUGGAAGGAACAAGUGGUGGCGUCCUCCAGCUUUUUGUUGAUGCUGGGGUUCCUGUGAGCUCAGACAUGGUUAGUCAUUUUGUGAAUGAAGCUCUUGCUGAGACCAUUGCUGUCAUGCUGGGGGACAGAGAAGCAAAGAAGCAAGAUCUUGUCGCUCCAGGUGUUGCUGGGGACGUUUUAGCAAGUGAAACAUGCCUGCCGGCAAGAGUGUGUACCCCAGUGGCUACCCCACAGCCAACUCCUCCUCACUCACCUUCACCUCCUAAGGAGCACAUGUUGGUGAAAACUCCAGAUUCUUCUCCCUGUGAUUCAGAUCAUGAUACAGCUUUUCCUGUGAAAGAAAUAUUUGCCAAAAAAGGAAAUGACAUGCCUGCUGCCACACUUGUUAAUACUCCAACAGUUACCCCUGCUACUACACCUCCUCCUGCAGCUGCUCUUACCCCAACUUUGUCAGAGAUUUCCAUUGAUAAAUUGAAGAUAUCAAGUCCAGAGCUUCCCAAGCCAUGGGGUGAUGGCGACCUGCCAUUGGAAGAAGAGAAUCCUAACUCUCCUCAUGAAGAACUUCACCCGAGAGCUAUUGUAAUGUCUGUGGCCAAAGAGGAGGAACCUCAGAGUAUGGAUUUCCCUGCUCAACCUGUUCCUCCGAAGCCAGUUCCUGUGAUGCCACUUCCUGCUGGCACCAAGGCCCCAUCCCCCGUACAAAUGCCAAGUUCUGAUACCUCAACAAUGGAGAGCACCUUGAGCACUGAACCUGAAAGACACAUCUCUGAAGGAGAGCUUCUAUAUAACUAUGGUCAAAGAACAGCUCCCAAGAUUUUAGGACUAUAUCUGACAAACCUAAGUGAUAGCUUAUCCAGCACUCUACAUGAUGCCCAUGAUAUGGAAUAUGAUCCUCCCAGUGAAGUAGAAGUGAUUAGAAUGCCCCAUAAAAAAUGUCAUGGAGAUGCAAUUUUUUCUCUUCUUGAUAAACAAAACCAGGAAUCAGUAGUUCCACCGCAAGGUGUCUGUCAUUCAGAGGACUUGGAAAGCAGUCUGGGUGAAAGACAAAGGCCCGGGCUGACAGCAGCAGCAGAGAACUUACUGGGACAUCCUGUCUACAAGCAACAGCCUGUCGCUAAUGCAGAGUCUUGGCAUCAAAAAAGUACUCUUAAGCCUUUAUCUCAGCAGUUUGACACAGUUACAGGUGGUGGUUUUGAAGAUGCAUGUGCUAGUCAUGGUCCAAUGAGUUUGAAAGAAUUGGGGUUGCAGCCAGAUUCUCAUCUUGCUCUUCCCACAACACGUCCAACAGCACAAGAAAAUUAUGUUAAAUUAUCAGUAGCAGCUGGAGAUUUUCCUCAGUACCAACAAAAGCAAGACCAUGAUGCUAGGCAAGUUGAACACAAGCCAGAACAAACUCGUAUAAUACGUGUAAGAAGUAAAUCUGAUAUUUCACUUUCAGAGCAACAAGGAGGUAAAGCAGGACCGCCCUUCACUAGUCAGACGUCACCCACCAAGAUGUCUGUGACGCUACCCUCGGCGAACCUGGAGGACUGCCCUUCAUCCCCGAGCAUCCAGGGGAACUCAGAGUCCUCGGAAGCAGACACCUUCUGAAUGGGGAACGAGAACCACGACAGAAUUUGUGCCGCUGGUUUUGAGGUCAUUUUUCUCUGACAUAAAACCAUCUCUCACACUGUUUUGGUAUUGAGCGUAUUCUGAAAAAUUAUUUCUAAGCUUUUAUUAAAAUGAAAAGCAUAAUCUGAGUAGGUAAAAUUUUUAAAUAAAGCAUUUGAAAUGUAAA